AUGCCCGCCCCCUCAGCCCUCGCCAUCACCACCAGCUCUGUGCAGCGCCUGCUCAAAGAGGAAACUUCGUACCACAAGGAGCUCGCCGACCAAGAGAAGACGGUUCAGGACCUCGAAGCCAAGUCAAAGACCGGAGCCGCCGAUGAGGACGGCAACGGCGCGUUUAUGUUGAAACAGCAGAAAACCGCCAUCGAGCAAACAAAGGCCGUCUUUGGGCCCCUGAAGCAGCGCAUCGCCGACGCGGUGGCCAAGCUCGAGGACCAGCUGGCGAUCGCAGAACAGGCGGCCGCCCCCGGGGCCGAGAUUGCUCAGGCCAAGACGGUGCUUGCCCAGGCCAAGGCUGCUGCUGUCUAA